AUGGCGACCCGCUACUGGAUCGUCUCUCUCCCCGUGCAGACUCCCGGCGCCACCGCGACCUCGCUCUGGUCGCGCCUGCAGGACGGCAUCUCCCGCCACUCCUUCGACACCCCGCUGUACCGGUUCAACGUCCCGGACCUCCGCGUCGGCACGCUCGAUUCCCUCCUCGCGCUCAGCGACGACCUCGUCAAGUCCAACGUGUUCGUCGAGGGCGUGUCGCACAAGAUCCGGAGGCAGAUCGAGGACCUCGAGCGCGCCGGAGGCGUCGACAGCGGGGCCCUCACCGUCGAUGGCGUCCCCGUCGACACCUACCUCACCAGGUUCGUGUGGGACGAGGGCAAGUACCCCACAAUGUCGCCGCUCAAGGAGAUCGUCGGCAGCAUCCAGUCGCAGGUCGCCAAGAUCGAGGAUGACAUGAAGGUUCGAGCAGCGGAAUAUAACAAUGUAAGGAGCCAGCUUAGUGCAAUCAACAGAAAGCAAAGUGGGAGCUUAGCAGUUCGUGAUCUUUCCAAUCUGGUAAAACCAGAGGACAUGAUCAGCUCAGAGCAUCUAGUAACACUUCUUGCUAUUGUUCCAAAGUACUCCCAAAAAGACUGGUUGUCAAGCUAUGAGUCACUCGACACAUUUGUGGUACCCAGGUCAUCUAAACAGCUCUAUGAAGACAAUGAGUAUGCCCUCUACACUGUAACACUUUUUGCUAAGGUUGUUGACAACUUUAAGGUUCGUGCUCGCGAGAAGGGUUUCCAGAUUCGUGAUUUUGAGUAUAGUCCUGAAGCACAAGAAAGUAGAAAGCAGGAGAUGGAGAAGUUACUGCAAGACCAGGAAGCUAUGAGGACCUCGCUUCUGCAAUGGUGCUAUGCCAGCUACAGUGAGGUAUUCAGUUCCUGGAUGCACUUCUGUGCUGUGCGUAUCUUUGUAGAGAGCAUUCUUAGAUAUGGUCUGCCACCAUCAUUCCUGUCUGCCGUUCUUUCUCCAUCUACAAAGGGCGAGAAGAAAGUAAGGAGCAUCUUAGAGGAGCUUUGUGGCAAUGCCCACAGUAUUUAUUGGAAAGUCGAAGAUGAUGUGGCUGUUGCUGGUCUGGGAGGUGAAUCAGAGAAGGUGAAGGAUUCAGAGCUCAAGACAUUGCUUGGUGAUAACUCGAUUCGCAUGCGUCGUGGUCAGAUUAGACAAUACUCGAUCUACAGGGAGGUCAAAACACCUCCAAAGACCACCACGCUUUGGUCUGUCCUCUACCUUGAUCAGAGGAAAGGGCAUGACCAUGCAAUCACCAUUAUUGACCAAAUGUGGCUAACUCCAACGAAGUUAUUCAGUUCCUGGGUGCACUUCUGUGCUGUGCGUAUCUGUGUAGAGAGCAUUCUUAGAUAUGGUCUGCCACCAUGGCACCAUACAUUCCUGUCUGCUGCUUUUGCACCGUCUACAAAGAGUGAGAAGAAGAAAGGAGCAUCUUAG